AUGGCUCUCGAGGGACUCAGGGCCUGGAAGAGAAUUUUCUGGCGGCAGAUCCUACUUGCACUUGGCCUCUUAGGCCUGUUCCUGUGUGGCCUCCCUAAAUUCAGACAUCUGGAAACCUUCAUCCCCAUGGGUGUCUGUCCUUCAGCCACAGUGUCGCUGCUGAGAGACAACUUCACAGGUGCUCUGCGUCCCUGGGCCCGGCCUGAAGUUCUGACCUGCACCCCCUGGGGGGCUCCCAUUAUUUGGGAUGGCACUUUCGACCCAGAUGUGGCCCAGCAAGAGGCUAGUCAGCAGAACCUCACCAUUGGGCUGACUGUCUUUGCUGUAGGCAGGUACCUGGAGAAGUACCUUGAGCGCUUCCUGGAGACUGCGGAGCAGCACUUCAUGGUGGGCCAGCGCGUGGUGUACUACGUGUUCACCGAGCGGCCAGGCGCGGUGCCGCGCGUGGCGCUGGGCCCAGACCGGCGGCUGCGCGUGGAGCGCGUGGCGCGCGAGCGGCGCUGGCAGGACGUGUCGAUGGCGCGCAUGCGCACGCUGCACGCCGCGCUGGGCGGGUGGCUGGGCCGCGAGGCGCACUUCGUGUUCUGCAUGGACGUAGACCAGCACUUCAGCGGCGCGUUCGGGCCCGAGGCGCUGGCCGAGUCGGUGGCGCAGCUGCACUCCUGGCACUACCACUGGCCGCGGUGGCUACUGCCCUUCGAGCGCGACGCGCGCUCGGCCGCCGCGCUGUCGCGGGGCGAGGGCGACUUCUACUACCACGCGGCGGUGUUCGGGGGCAGCGUGGCGGCGCUGCGCGGGCUGACGGCGCACUGUGCGCUGGGCCUGGCGUGGGACCGCGCGCGGGGUCUGGAGGCGCGCUGGCACGACGAGAGCCACCUCAACAAGUUCUUCUGGCUGCACAAGCCCGCCAAGGUGCUGUCGCCCGAGUUCUGCUGGAGCCCCGACAUUGGCCCUCGGGCCGAGAUCCGCCGCCCGCGCCUGCUCUGGGCACCCAAGGAAUACCGGCUGCUGCGGAACUAG